CUUGGGCAGCCCUUACAUCAAUCCACGUCGCCUAUUGAUACAAAUAAAACCCAGUGAAUCAUAAUAUUGUCUAAAAUAAAAUAAACUCCCGAAAUAAUAUCGCCCAGUCACUGGCUUACGCGGAAUAAAAUAAUUCCGAGUGAUUGAGAGUAACUGGAAAAUUUUAAAAUCAUGAUGAAACGCAUAAAUCUUACGUGCUAGUCAGUACCAGCGAACGUGUCUAUGAACGUCCCAGAAUUUCCGGCGCCUCCAUCAUUAGUGAGACCAUCGUCAUCCGUUACUUUGUCAUCACCAUCAGUGGGAUUUAUCAGUCAUCGAGAUCCAUCGGAAAUAAAACGACGGAGCUCCCGUACAAAUGUUUCGUCAGGAGAAAAGUUUACCCGGACAGUUUCUGUGUCACAUUUAUUAUCUGGCAGCAACAAUUUACCCUCGCGUAGACGUGCGCACCGGGUUGCGCGUAUCGCGAACUCGGUGCAUCCACGACCACGAGUUGUCACGAGAGAGUCGUCUAGAGUAAAUCGUGCACGUGUCACUGAGCUUAAACUUAGUAUGACUGAGAGGCGUGAAGACGACGAGGAUGAUGCUGACGUUAUUUGUGCCUCAGGCACUCCCGUGUCCUUGGGUUCGAGAACUAUAUCGGAAGACUUGACAAUUGAAUUGAAAGACCACCAGACAAAUGACACUGACGAGAUGCCAUUUAUCAAGUCUAUUGGAAUCCAGGCACGCGAGCGCGAAGGUCCUUACUGGCUAAGAGUUUUUCCGACGUUAAAAGAUAUAAUUGAAGAGGAGGAGAGUGAAAACUCGGGAACUUCCUCGAAAAUAUGGAAGCAUUUAAGAUUUCUGGGAAGACUUUCUCUGUGUCAAUUUGGUCUCGCGUGGCUGUUAACUUUCUGGGCGAUAGCUGGAGCCGCGGCUUUUUACGCGACCGAGGGACCACGUGAAAGAGCCCAAGUUUUGGAGCUGAAGGACAUGCAGAAAGAUUUGGCUGUCGGGUUAGCCACUGAGUUGCGUCAAUUAAAGGCCAGUGAAGAAGAAAUGGAACCGCUGUGGAGUAACAAAGUUCGACAGUACGUUGCGAAGCAUGAAAAACUUUUGCUGGCGGCUGUUAACUCUGGAUAUGGCGAAGGGGGUGAGAGCGGAGAGCUUUGGACAUUUUCCGGCUGUGUGCUCUUCGCUAUAUCCCUCCUCACUACUCUAGGCUUUGGCGCGCCAGUUCCUCGCACAACUGCCGGUCGGACAGUGGCCGUAGUCUUUGCUGGUAUUGGAAUCCCAGCGCAUUUUCUUCUUAUACUGAACCUCGGUCUUCUUCUUGCUGUCCGUCUCCAGCGGUACGCCGUGCAUAGAAAAUACGGAGAAGAAUACGACAUCGAGGCUGCCAACAGCUUCCCCGUUCCGCGAUGGGUUAAAAUUAUCCCUUUUAUCUGGAUCGCCGGAUAUUAUCUCUUGGGAAUCCUCGGGUUCGGUGCCGGGAGGUCAAGACCAUUAGCAGCGAGUCUGCUUUUCCCUCUGGACUUCACAGCAGCCGGUGGACUGGCAUCAACUUCAGGGUUUGUACGAAUAGCUUACGCUCUAUAUCUCGAAGGCGCUGUCACGAUAGCCGCAGUUGCGGUGGCAGUCCUUCGGGUAUCAGCCACUGAAAGUCUCACGAAUAUUGGCCUCAAGUACGGAUUAUUGGUUGAAGCAUAGCCUGUAAAGAAACUAUCGAUCAGGUUUUAAAGAUAAAGAUUUGACCCUGAGAGUAACACAUGCCGUGACCAAGAUUCCUCGAUAGAUAGGGAGCGGUCACGCGGAUAACUCUGGUGGUCUACUACCAACCCUAAGUCUAUACCGAGCCACUGAGAUGUGACCUCGUAUUAAAAUACUUAGCCAGUGAUGAACGCUGGCAAAGUACUUUAAUUAAAUUAAAUAACAUCCAAUAAAAUAAAGUUAAUUUUUAUAAUAAUAAAUAAUUUAUGACAUUGGACGAAUUUUUUAAAUUUCCCGGUGUGCAUGAUGUAAUUUUAUUUAUAUAAAUACGCGUAUGUGUUGUUAUUUUAUUUUAAAAACGCAUUUCAAUAUUCGUGCCAAGCAUAAAUGUAUAGUACAUUUACUCUAUUUGUAACUAUAACUAUACAUGUACAAUAGAUAUUGCAACAAACGUUGUAGUAUAAAAGUAUUAUUAUUUUAUAAUUCACAAUAUCGAUCAGCAGUAGAAGCCUGCGUCAGGGACACUAAAGUUAUUUGAACUUAUUGUUAGCAUACAUGAUAUUUGUGUUUGACAUCUAGCUAUAUGUACUUCCCACAAGGAAUGUGACAUUGGCGGAGAUGAAUGUAAGAAAAUUCAAACAAUUACCUAUUGAAUAAUGUAAUGAUGU